AUGUCUUCAACAAUACCCGAAGACCACUCGGAAAAGCCUGAGCCAUCACAUGCCCAACACCAGCUCGUGGCCGAAACCCAAGAAAGCCUCCGCAACCUAGGCAUUUCAGAAACCCACGCUGCACUUGAUUAUAAUUAUCCAACCAUCGGACAUGAUUCAGACCCCAUUUUCCCCGAAGAGUAUACCCUAGAAACCAACACCGGACUUGUGUCUCAAAAGACCCUUGAACAAAUCCGAUCCCACAGCUCGGUUUCAUCCACGCAAAUCGGCACACCGGCCAACGCCAACGAACUAAACACAGACCUCGAAAAAGGAGGCAAUGGUCCAAUCGAAUUUGUCACAUUCACAACACAUGACCCGGAACACCCCUACAACUGGUCUCGCGCUUAUCGAUGGUACAUCACCCUUGUGGCCUCUGCUUUAGUCGUUUGUGUCGCAUUCGGUUCAUCCAUCGUGACAGGUGGCCUCGGUCUGAUUGAGGAGAAAUACAAUGUCUCCCUCGAAGUCGCAAUCCUAACGUGCUCAAUAAUGGUCUGCGGUUUCGCCGUAGGCCCACUUCUCUGGUCCCCGCUCUCCGAAAUCAUCGGCCGCAGACCCGUCUACAUCAUCUCACUAGGCCUAUAUGUCAUUUUCAACAUCCCCUGCGCCCUCUCACCCAACAUCGGCGGUCUCCUCGUCUGCCGAUUUCUCUGUGGCGUCUUCUCAAGCUCAGGGCUCUCGUUGGCCGGCGGCACAAUCGCCGACAUCUGGAGCAUUGAAGAACGCGGCAUGGCAAUCGCCUACUUUGCCGCCGCACCCUACUGUGGCCCCGUCCUCGGCCCCAUCGUCACAGGCUGGAUCAAUGUCGGAUCUCACCGUCUGGACCUCUUCUUCUGGGUGAACCUCGCUUUUGCAGGCGCAAUCAUGAUCCUCGUCGGCCUCGUGCCGGAAACAUAUGCACCCGUCAUUCUAAAGCGCCGCGCUGCACGACUCCGCAAGGAAUCCGGAAAUCCAAAUAUCAUUACCGAGCAGGAGACGACGAAGCCUACGCUGCGAGAUAUCGCCCGCACGAGCCUGAUCCGACCGAUCACCAUGAUCAUGACAGAGCCGGUCCUUGAUCUGAUGUGCAUGUACAUCGUUCUCAUCUAUGCGAUGCUAUAUGCCUUUUUCUUCGCAUACCCGGUCAUCUUUGGUAAACUGUACGGGUACAACGAUGGCCAGAUCGGCCUCAUGUUUAUUCCUAUUCUGAUUGGUGCGGCGUUCGCUCUGCUUCUCACCCCGGCUAUUGAGAAUCAUUUCCGCAAGAUCUGCAGUGCGAGAUCCCCGACGCCCGAAGAUAGGCUUCUUGCUGCACUUAUCGGUGCGCCUUUUAUUCCGAUUGCGUUCUUCCUGCUCGGUGCUACAUCCUAUAAGCAUAUUAUCUGGGUCGGGCCUGCUUCCUCUGGUAUUGCUUUUGGAUUUGGAAUGGUGCUUUGCUAUUAUGCCGUGAACAACUAUAUCAUCGACUCUUACCAGAAGUACGCUGCUUCCGCUUUGGCGGCGAAGGUCUUCCUGCGGUCUGGAGGCGGUGCUGCCUUUCCCUUGUUUACCACACAGAUGUAUAACCGUCUUGGGUUGCAGUGGGCUUCCUGGUUGCUUGCUUUCAUUGGUGUCGCAAUGGUGUUCAUUCCCUACGUCUUUUGGCUAUUUGGCGGCAGAUUGCGGGCAAAAAUGUCCCAUGAGUAA